ACAUGCACCAAAAAGUGUAACCGCGCCAGAGUCGAACACGGGUGUCCCGGACAACGAAGGAUAAAAGCAGGCUAUCCAGUCGUGCUCUAUAUGAAUUACUUUAUUGUUCACAAACAAAGAGGCCAAAAUAAUUAUUUAAAACAUCCACACAUAUGGCAGUAAAUAUGGGGAGUUCAUAUUUUGUAUCUGCUGUUCCUUCGCUUAGCCCUCCCUUAAAUUACAGAUCAUGUACUCCUACUAAUUCUGCAGGCCUAAGAAAUUCACAAUUUGUUACACAGAGACGUGUGCUAAUGGAAGCAACAAAAAGAGACGUAAUGCAUCAUGAUAAGCAGCUGGAAGAGGAGGAACACAUGUUAGCUGCUGCUGGUCUCAGAGCAGAAGCAAUGCCUAAACACGUCGCGGUGAUUACUGAUGGCCAUAGGCGUUGGGCGCGGCAGAGAGGUCACCCGGUAGAGUAUGGACACAGGACACUUGAACCCGUUAAUGCAGAGCUUUGUCGUCUUUGUUGCAAAUUUGGAAUCAAAGUUCUUACUAUUUAUCUUUUCUCUACUGAAACUUGGCUUCGCUCACAAGAGGAGACAGACUCAUUGAUGAGCUUGUUUGAGGAGGCAAUAAGAUCAAAUCUGGAAGAAUCAAUCAAGCAUGACAUAAGGAUCUCAGUAAUAGGUGAUAGGACAAGACUGCCCCAAUCACUUAUAGAAGUGAUCAAUGAAGCUGAGGAGAAAACAAGGGCCAAGUCGAGGCUCCAUCUCAUUCUUGGUAUUGGAUACGGUGGACAAAAUGAUGUCAUACAAGCCUGUAAGAAGGUGUUUAAAAAGGUAAAAGAUGGUUCGAUCCGUGAGGAGGAAAUCAAUGAAAAAAUAUUUGAACAAGAACUACAGACAAGUAUAUGCACUGAGAAUCCUUUUCCAGAUUUGCUGAUAAGAGCUGCUGGGGAGUUGAGGCUAAGCAACUUCUAUUUGUAUCAAGCAGCUUAUGCUGAACUAUACUUCACCAAAGCUCCUUAUCCUGAUUUUAAAGAAGAAGAUAUGGUAAUGGCCUUGAAAUCGUAUCAACAACGACGAAGGCGUUAUGGUAGAUGAUGAUCAUAGAUCAUAGUACUGUGUAUGUAUAAUACCUUUGUUAUUUGAAAACCUGGAAAGAUUUAGUACAUCUUCAUAUAUGUUUGUUUCCCAAGCAUAAAAAAAAUUGGAUAAGAGUGCUAAACACCUCUUACACAAAGCUACAGUAGCAUUUAUAUUUUAAAGUAACAACUUUUAAUCUGAAUUAGUGACCUGUUCA